GGAGUUUAUCCAGAAUCCAUGGAAGGACAAUGUGAAGAAGGAUGAUGAAUUUAGACCUCACCAGCUUUAUCCAGACACGUCGUUAUCCACAUGAACAUGACACAGAGAGAGAAGAUUCAAACGCCCAAAAAACCAAAAAGGGCUAAAAAAAAGUAGUCCUAAAAGUGAGGAGGAAACGACAAUGCCAGGAUUGGACUACGUGCCAAGGUGCCAGCACGAAAUUUCCUAUCAAAUGGCUUUUUUACAUUUGGGUGAGACCUCAAAAUGCCGAAUUGCAAAGCAUAACGAGGACGGACUUGAACGUCAGAGAGUUGUUUAAAAUUAAAUUAUAUAUAAAAAAAAGGGGGAGAUCAGAAAAAGGGAAUUACUUCUUUUAUAUAUAAAAAAACCCUGUUCUUUCUAGUUUCUGGGAGAUUCUUUUAGUUGAUAUUUCAAGAUUCAAGCUUUAUCCAAUCAAAUCUCAUCUGGGAUCUUUUGAUUUCUCUCUGUUUGGCGAAAAUGUUGGAAGGGAAAGCUUUGGUGGAGGAUACAGAUAUGCCUAUGAAAAUGCAGGCUCAAGCCAUGGAGUCUGCUUAUCAAGCUCUGGAUCUUUAUGAUGUUGUUGACUGCAGGUCCAUUGCUGCCCACAUCAAGAAGGACUUUGAUAAGAUCUAUGGAGGUGGAUGGCAAUGCGUGGUGGGUUCAAACUUCGGAUGUUUCUUCACUCAUACCAAAGGAACGUUCAUCUAUUUUACCCUGGAGACUUUAAACUUUCUCAUCUUUAAAGGGGCUUCUUCUCCUUAAUAUGCUUUUCCAUCUUUGUUGGGUUCCACUGCUGAGUUUGAAGCAGAAGAGGCACUGCUUUCUUUUUCGCUCUUUCUUGCUUAGGAUGUUUAUAAAUCCGUAGCAGCUCCCCACCUCAGAAGUUAGAAUCAGCGGUGUAAUGCGUUUUCUGAGGAAUUCAUUUGGAUUCCCCGUUUAUGUAUAUGGCACUUGUACAUUGGUAAUGCUUCAGGCCGAGUUUAGGUUCUUCAUUCUGAGUUCUGGCUUAUUUCAUGACUUUGUUCCUGUUUUGGGUUCAGUGGUACUAAAAGAUUGCAUUAUGAUUGAAUCUGGUUCAAGAAAUUAAAAGUUUAUGCAGCUUCAUGUACUAAUUGCCAUUUGCCAAUACGGAGUAAAUAAAUUAGGAAAUCAAUCUUUUUCAGUUCUGACAAUAGAAGACAUGAACACAAUCAUCCAUCACGAGUAGCAGUCUUAAGACACUGAUUUUACAUCCGAUGCUUAAUCUAGUGAACUCAGCUAUGUGACACUGUACACCUGCAAGCUCAGUAACAGAGCUUAAGAAAUGAGCUCAAGCUUACCUCUUCCUUCUAAGUUAUGGAGAUGAAUAACAUCCGACAAAGCCCAAUAUGUAAUUGAACAGAUGUGAUUAAAUGGUGUAUGUAAUUUUUUGUGGAACAUAUCCAACUUGUGUUCAAUAAUCAUAAACAGUCGGCUUCGGCUCAAAAGAAAUUUCUUGUGCUAAAGCCUAAAGCAGAGACUAUAACCCGGAGUAGCAAUACAACUUGAUACCUCCUAAAUAAGAAUGCUACAUUCGUACAGGAGUCAAUAGCGGUUUGCCUAGAAAGUGAGCCUCCAAGUUAGCAAGAACAAGGUCGGCCAUGUCCUUGCAUGUUUCAACAGUAUCGGUUCCAACAUGGGAAAGAAGAACAACAUUUUGGAGUUCAAACAUCUUCUCAGGUAUCUCAGGUUCGUUUUCAUAUACAUCCAGCCCCGCGCCACCUAAACGGCCUUCGGCUAAUGCAGAUACAAGUUGAGGUUCAUCAACAUGAGCUCCCCGUCCAAUGUUAACAAGGAUGCCAUUAGGACCUAAUGCACCAAUUACUUCCCUGUUGACAAUAUGCCUUGUUUCGUCUGUCAAUGAACACGCAACAAAGAGAAUUUGGCUGUUAGCAGCUAGUUCCACGACACUGGGAUAAUACUUGUAAUCUGGAUAGUCUUUUCUGGAUCUGGAGUGGUAACUGAUGGAACAACCAAAUGCUUUAGCUCUCCUUGCUAUGGCUGAACCAAUUCUUCCCAAUCCAAUUAUGCCAACUGAUUUACCACUGAACUGAAGAGAAGGCAGCAGAUCAAGAGAUUAGUGGCAUGCUUAUUCCCCUUCAAGUAGUAAAAUUUUACAAAACUAAUUCGUUACUUCCACAAAUUGCAGGAAUUAUCUUCUUCCACAUACAAGCUCGUUUCAUUCUAUUUAGGUGAAUAUAUAGAAUCAGCAAAUGGAGGUAAGCACCAGCAUACAGCAAUAACAUUUGCCAUUGAUACACCUUAAACAUGAUACAAAUGUCCAGAUAAAGAGCAGAAUGAGCUAAUCAAAACAGAACAUUAUGGCUUACAAAUUUUAGAAGGACUAAAUCAUAUCCAUCAUUGAUUUCACAGACAAGUAACUAAACAUUAUUGCCAGUUUUAUUCCAAAAGAUUCAAAGUUUCACACUGAUUCUGCAAUCAUUUUCUCAAUUACAACAAUAAGCACAGAAGAAAGGAAAACAACAAAAGUAGUACUGACAACAGACACAAACGAGUCACUCUUUAUCCAUAUUAGCAAAUACAGAGAGAAAGGGAACGAAUUCACAAACCCUUGUGGCCAAAUCAAAAUCGCGAAUCUUCCACAAUCCGCUCCUCAAAAACCCAUCAGCUACACAAAUCUUCCUCAAAGUGGCCAAUGCCAAACCAAUGGCUAAAUCAGCAACGUCACCCGUCAGCACAUCCGGAGUGUUUGUGACAGAAAUCCCUCUUUGUUUACAUUUGUCUAAAUCGAUUUUGUCGUAGCCCACACUGUAACUGGAUAUAAUUUCCAAUUUAGGAAGUGAAUCAAUGAGCCCCGUGCCAGCACCCACCGCUGCAGUUCCCACAACGGCCGAAAUUGAUUCCGAAUGUUGCUUCAAGAACUCAGUUUUGGAGGGAUUUUCCCAGAACCUAAAGAGCUUGAAUCGUUUCUCGAGUUCUUGUUCCAGAUACGACGACAUAGGGCACAUCAUUAGCACACCUUUGGUCUCCAUUUGUAGUUCCAGGAACGGUGCUCGGAGAAUUUGCCCCUUUCCGUUUUGACUCUCAAACGACAAGGAUAGUGGAAGAAAACAACCGGCAUUUGUAUGAAGGCGUGCUUCCGAAAUAACGAUUUUAU